AUGUCGGAGUCUCCAGAGCCGCGCCUGGACUCUCCAGCCCUCGACAAAGACGAAAACGAGGACGACGUGGCGCUUGAUAAGGAUAGAGAUAUUACAGCGGAUAUAUCUGACGACGAAUCAGUGCUUUCUGAUGUUGACGAGGCUCAGUUCGAAGGGUUCGACCCUGCAAAUGUCGCGAUUGAUGAUCGCCCAGCCCUCGCCAUCGACGAGGAGAACCUGAAACUGGUUGGUCGCCAUAAACGCAGGAGAACCGAGGAAGACGGCGAUGGCCAGACGAAGAAGAAAAAGAAGGAGGGGCGCAGAGAUAAGAAGAGCCAUCGAAAGAAGCAGGGCAGCGAGGAAUUCAGUGGCGGAGAGGAGAUGAAUGGCAAACGAAGGAGGAAACGCAGAGAGGAAGGGGGAGAACGCGCUCCGAGAACGAGCAAGAAGGCAGCUGAACCAGAGAUUGACGAGGAGUCGCUGGACCCUGCUACCAGGCGACGUCGUGCUUUGGACAGGAUGAUGGACGAAGCACUGAAGAAGCCUUUCAAACGGCGCAUCAGGAAGGCAGAUGGAAUUGAUUUGGCGGACUAUGCAGAUGCCGAGAUCGAAGACGUUCGCAAACGCAUGACUGAUGCGGCUCGACUUGAUAGUAUUGCUCGCAAAGAGAACCGUCCUGCAAUGCACAAACUCAAGAUGCUUCCGGAAGUUGUCUCUCUCCUCAACCGCAACCAAUACGUCAACAGUCUUAUCGACCCGGAGAUUAACCUGCUGGAAGCAGUCAAGUUCUUCCUUGAACCGCUGGACGACGGCUCGUUGCCAGCGUACAAUAUCCAGCGCGACCUACUCGGGGCACUACUAAAGCUGCCUAUCAACAAAGAGACUUUAAUCGCGAGUGGCAUUGGCAAGGUUGUGGUGUUUUAUACCAAGAGUAAGCGACCAGAGAUCGGAAUUAAGCGCCAGGCCGAACGACUCCUUGCAGAAUGGACCCGUCCCAUCCUCCAGAGAAGUGACGACUAUUCCAAACGGAACUAUAAGACUGUCGACUUUGAUCCUAGUCGACUCGCGGACCGGACAGUAUCAGCCGAAGCCUCAGCUGCUGAAGCGCGCGCUAGAGAGCUACUCCCGCCUCGUCUUGCCAACCGUGCCCGUGUCGAGAGCAGUCACACUACAUAUACCGUCGUACCACGCUCUAACAACAUUGCCGAGAGCAAGUUUUCGCGUCCACUUGGUGCCAGCGGAGAAGAUCGCUUUAGACGCAUGAAGGCCAGGCAGAUCGCGGCCUCGAAGGGAUCGAAGCGGUAG